GCCUCCCAUUCCAGUUUCCAGGGUUCUUCGUGCUUCCGCCACAGGGAUUUUUAUUGUAUAUUUGGGAGUGAGAAAACCCUAAAUAUGGCUUACAAGCCUCCGAAGUCAACCAAGCCUGGGCUGGAAGAACCUCAGGAGCAGGAGCACAAAAUCAGAAUUACACUCUCCUCAAAGCAUGUCAAAAAUCUCGAGAAGGUGUGUGCUGAUUUGGUGCGCGGAGCCAAGGAUAAAAGUCUCCGUGUUAAAGGACCCGUGAGGAUUCCCACUAAGGUUCUUCACAUUACCACCAGAAAGUCUCCAUGUGGAGAAGGAACCAAUACGUGGGACAGAUUUGAGCUAAGGGUGCACAAGCGUGUCAUUGACCUAUUCAGCUCUCCCGAUGUCGUGAAACAGAUCACCUCAAUCACCAUUGAACCCGGAGUUGAGGUUGAGGUCACAAUUGCUGACCCUUAGACCAAGUUGAGUUCAGCAACUACUUUCUUUUCCCCCUUUCUCCGUGUUAUAAUUUUUGUUUUGUACUUUUUCUGUAAGGGAUACAGUUCCCUCAACUUCUCUUCAUGUCCAAACUUUAUUCUCUUUUAUCCAUGUAGACUUUGUGAGUGAGUUUUGGCACUAUAAUUUUCUGAUCAAUCUAAGGGAGACAUUCAGUUUUUCAUCAAUUUUCUGUCUUGGCUCUAUGCGCUUUAUCCCUCAACUUUUACCCUUCUUGGAAGGCUAGAACAUGAAGAAUGUGAAAUGUUCUUUAGAACAUUUGUCUUAGAAUAAUAAGAUACUAAGGAG